GGAAAGAGUUUUGCAGUUAAAGGAGAUCUACACAAGCACCUGAGAAUUCACAUCGGAGAGAAGCCUUUCAUAUGCAUUCAGUGUGGGAAAUGUUUCACACAAGAAGGAAACCUUAACCGUCACUUAAGAAUUCACACUGGAGAGAAGCCUUUUACAUGCCACCAGUGUGGAAAAGGUUUCAAACAAGAAGGAAACCUCAAAGAUCAUCUAAGAAUUCACACUGGAGAGAAGCCUUUUACAUGCACUCAGUGUGGAAAGAAUUUCACACAAAAAGGAAUCCUUAACCGUCACAUGAGAAAUCACACUGGAGAGAAGUCUUUCAAAUGCCAUCAGUGUGGAAAGAGUUUUGCAGUGAAAGGAGAGUUACAGAAGCACCUCAGAAUUCACACCGAGAGAAGCCUUUUACAUGCACUCAGUGUGGAAAGAGUUUCACACAAGAAAGAAACCUUAACCGUCACAUGA